GCUGGGUAGGUUGUGUAGACAAGAAAGUGCCGAGGGCUGACUGGUGCGAGAGAACGUCUUAUAAAGAACUUACUCGACCUUCCUCUCCCAUAGUUGGCUGCUUGACCUCUGAGUACUGCUCUACGUUGACCCUCACCUCCGGCUCAUAAAUCACCAUGAAGCCUGUCACGCACGUCCUCCCACUCGCCGCCGGGGCAGCAGCCUCCCCCAUCUCGUCUCGGCAGUCCGCCCCCAAUGCGACCUGUGCGGCCACGACCGAGUGGGCAGGCUUCUCAGGCUUGAAGCAUGCCUUCGUUUUCGGCAACUCAUACACGCAGACCGGCUUCAACUUCACCCAGGAGCCGUACCCACAGCCAGGCAACCCAUUUGGUAACCCAUCCUACCCAGGAUAUACCUCCUCCAACGGGCCCAACUGGAUCGACUACCUGACCGUCAAGUACAACUCGUCCGAGUUCCUCACGUACAACCUGGCCUACGGCGGCGCGACCAUCGACUCGGCCCUCGUCAAGCCGUACGAGGACACUGUGCUGAGCGUCAAGCAGCAGGUGCUGGACGAGUUCGUCCCCGGGUACACGGGGGCGUCGCCCAGCGCGCCGGGGGCCCCCGAGUGGGCCGGCGAGGACACGCUCUUCGCCGUGUGGAUCGGCAUCAACGACGUCGGCAACUCGUACUACAACGGCGAGGACGCCACGGACGCGCUGUACGCCAAGAUCUUUGACGUGUACUCCGGGCUCGUCGACACCAUGUACGAGGCCGGCGGCCGCAACUUUGUCUUCCUCAACGUCCCGCCCGUCGACCGCUCGCCGCUCAUCACCGGGUCGGGCGUCGAGGGCGCGGCCGAGCAGGAGAGGGCCGCGAUCGGGGCGUGGAACGGCAGGAUCGGGGACAUGGCUGCGGCGCUUAAGGGCAACCAUUCUGAGGUCAACGUGUGGACUGUCGACACGAACUCGGUGUUUGGCAAGGUCCUUGAUGACCCGUCCAGCUUCCCGCAGACGAGCGGGUACACGAAUACUACUGGGUACUGUGAGGCUUAUGAGAACGGAACUUCUGAGCGGGACAGCUUUGAUGAGAGCUGUGGUGUGCCUGUGAACCAGUACUUCUGGUUGAACACGCUGCACCCGACGUAUCCCAUCCACGACGUCGUGGCUGAGCAGGUCGCGAAGGCGUUGGAAGCUGGCCCGAAUGUAUGCAUAUGA